GCCGCGUUCAGUCUGUAGAAAGCCAUCGGCCGGUUAAGCGUCUAGUCUUCGCAAAUCUCGUUCCGCUCAGUAUUUCCUUUGAAGCUCCGUGGUGUGAGUGAAUUUUGCUGCUUUGUGUUUAAGCAAACGAAAAAUAACGGAAGAAAAUAACAUUUCUUGCCAAUUUGAGAUAAAUUCGCCAAGCGAAAAGUAGCCUGGAGUAUAGAAAAAUCCGUCUCGAGUGCGACCGAGUAUCGAUUUUUGUCUCCCCCGGUGCAAGUGUGUGGUAGUGUUAAACGAGCCUUUUCCCCGUGAGUGCGUUAGCAAGCAAGAAAAAAAAGAUGGCAGCCGUUAGUUUCGACGAGAAAGUCCUCGCCGCAAAGACGAUCAUUUGCGAUAUCGAGGGUACUACCUCUUCCAUCAGCUUCGUCAAGGAUGUUCUGUUUCCUUACGCGCUGAAGAACGUUGAGGAAUACCUCAAGACUCACUGGAAAGAGGAUGCGACGAAAACGGUGGUUGCUGCGCUGCGCGAACAAGCCGACGAAGAUAAGAAGGCCGAGGUCGAAGGUGUUGUGACCAUCCCUUCUGAGGACUCCGAAGAUAUCAUACCCGACGUUGUCAAGAACGUCGAAUGGCAAAUGUCACUGGACCGCAAGACCGGUGCGCUGAAAACUCUGCAGGGUCUGGUUUGGGCCAAGGGUUAUAAAGAUGGCUCCAUCAAGGGACAUGUCUACGAGGAUGUCAAAAAGGCCUUGGAACAGUGGAACGAAGGAGGUCGCAAAGUCUACAUCUACUCGAGUGGCAGCGUCGAUGCACAGAAGAUGCUGUUCGAGCACAGCGAGCAGGGCGAUCUGGUCAAGUAUCUGUCCGGUUAUUACGACACAAAGAUCGGCGCCAAGCAGGAGAAGGACAGCUAUAAUGCUAUCCUGAAGAAAGUCGAAGUCACCGGCGAAGAAGCUCUCUUCUUGACCGACGUCGUUGCCGAGGCUAAAGCCGCAAAGGAAGCCGGUUUGAACGUAGUGCUCCUGGACAGACCCGGCAAUGCCAAACUGUCCGAGGAUGACCGCAAGGAAUUCACCGUUAUCUCAUCCUUCUCCGAUCUCCCGCUCGAAUCGGUCAAAUCGACCGAAUCGAAGAACGGAACCGAAACUGAGGAAAAGGAAAAACCCGAAUCGGAAAAGGCAGCCGAAACAGAAAAGGCUACUGAGUCGGAAAAAGUGGCCGAAUCGGAAAAGGCAACUGAACCCGAAAAUGGAGCCGAAACGGAGAACGGAACCAGCAAGCGCAAAAUUGACGAAACUGCCCAAGACGACGAAGCUCAGCCUCCGCCAAAGGUCGUCAAAGUUGACAAGAAUGGCAGCAAUGAUGCUGCUGCGAAGCAGAAUGGAGAAGCACCAGCGGCGGAACCAGCUGCUGAAUGUAACGGUAAAUCAGCUGGCGAAGCGAUGGACGUUGAUGCCGAGAUGACCGAUGUCCAACCUGCGUCAACUACUACUAAAACUGAGAAAGUAACCGAUAAGACUGAAACUGAAGAAUCUCCUAAGGAGAAGGAUACGAAGAAGGAGGAGGAAGUCAGCAAGACUGAAGUAAAAGAGGAUGCCAAACAGAAGGUGGAAACAGUAACGGGUGUGCAGGAGAAAAAGGAAGAGGAAAAGAAGAAAAAGGUUGAAGACGUUAAGGAAGAGGAAAAGGAGAAAAAGGUUGAAGACGCUAAGGUAGAGGAAGAGAAGACCAAGGAUGAAACAGCUCCACCCGCUAAGAAGGCAAAGAUCGACGAAGAGAAGAUGGACGUGGACGAGGAGGAUGGUGGUGCGGUUGAGAAGAAGGAACCGGUUCCGGAAGAGAAGGUUGCCGAAUCUAGCGAGAAGGAGGUCGUACCGAAAGCUAAGGAUGCAACACCAGUCGAAAAACCAGUAGAAACCCCUGUAAAAACUGCCGAAGCCGAAGUUACCUCAACGAAGAGCACAGAAAAGGUCGAGGAAAAACAACCAGCUGAGCCUGCAACGGAGGAAAAGCCGGAAACGGAAACGAAGACUGACGAACUCAAAUUAGAAAAGGUGAAGGAACCUGUUGUUGCUCAGAAGACGAAUGAAACAGUUCCCGAUAAAGAAGAAGCGAAGCCUGAAGAACCGAUGCAACAAGAGGUUAAGGAACCUGUUUCUGAUAAGAAGGCAGAGGAAAAGCCGGCAGAGAAGAAGGCGGUAAGUAAAGAAGAGCCUAAGAAGGAAGAAGAAGUGAAGGAACCCGUUGCUGAUAAGAAAGAGGAAAAGUCAGUCGAAAAGAAGGAAGCUGAGAAAGAAGAGGUGGAAAAGAAAUCAGUCGAGAAGGAAAAGAGUGAAGCGCCUAAGAAAGAAGAGGAGGUAAAGAAAUCAGUCGAGAAGGAGAAGACUGAAGAGCCUAAGAACGUAGCGGAGGAUAAGAAAUCGACCGAAAAGGAGAAGACUGAAGAGCCUAAGAAAGAACAGGAGGAAAAGAAAUUAGUCGAGACGGAGAAGACUGAAGAGCCUAAGAAAGCAGAGGAGGAAAAGAAACCGGCCGAGAAGGAGAAGACUGAAGAGGCUAAGAAAAAGGAGGAGGAAAAGAAACCGGUGGAAAAGGAGAAGACUGAAGAGCCGAAGAAAGAGGAGGAAGAAACAAAACCAGUCGAAAUAGAGAAGACUGAAGAGCCGAAGAAAGAAGAGAAGGAAGUGAAACCGGUCGGAAAGGAGAAGACUGAAGAGCCGAAGAAAGAAGAGGAGGAAAAGAAACCGGUCGAAAAGACGAAGACUCAAGAGCCGAAGAAAGAAGAAGUAAAGGAAGCGAUUGCUAAAGUUGCAGUUGAGAAGGCAGAAGAGAAACCCGUCGAGAAGGAAGUUCAACCAGUGGCGGAAGCUGAGACGAUGGAAACGGAUGAAGCUCCUGCCAAAGAAGUGAAACCAGAAGCUAAAACUGACGAUGCUUCAAAGGAGAAAGUAGAAAGCAAGACGAAGGAAACUGAGACGGAAACUAAAACUGAAGAACCGGAAGCUAAAAAAGACGACGCCAAACCGGUCGAUGAGCCCAUGGAGACAGAAGUAAAGAAACCGACACCGACUGUAGGAUCGAAAGUAGAAGAGCAGACCAAAGCAGAGAAGAAGACGACAACUGAGAAAGCGAAUAGUUCAGAAGGUAAAACUGAAGAAACGAUGAACGUGGACGAAGUAGAACCAGAAACUGCCAAGCCUGUUGCGACCGAAUCCGUUGACAAAACGAAAACCGAAGAAAAGUCAGAGGAGAAAAUGGAAACCUCGGAAGAAGUCCCAGAAACCAAAGGUGAAGAAGCGACUACGGCUGGACCGGUAGAAGAAGUCGCCAUUGAAGCCAAGGAAGAUAUUGCUAUGGAAGCCGAGUCAUCUGAUGUCCCUAAAUUAGAAACAAAGCCGGAAGAGGAGGUAAAAUUAAAAGUAGAGGCGCCAGCCACUGAAGCGAUGGAGGUUGAUUCUGCAUCUACCAGCCAGUCAGAGACUAAGAAUGACAAAAAAACACCCGCUGAAUCUGCUGCUACCGAAGCGAAGAAAUCAGAAUCAGAAGAAGUCUCAACCACCACCACCACCUGCCCGACAGAAGUGAAAGAAAAUGGAACGUCUGAAAAGGUCAACGGUAAAGAAGAAUCACGUGUUCCAGAGAAUGGUGAAGCAGAAUCCAAAGUAACCACAAAUGGCGACCACGACGAGAAGGCCGACAGUGACAAAGAAAACGACACAUCCGCCAGCAACGUCGAAGAGGCCACUCCGGCAACCACCACCACAAAUGGUAACAGCACUGAAAACGAUAGCAGCACCGCCUCCUCGUCCGAUGUUGUGGCUGAAAUCAAGUCCAAGAAAGUGAUCGAUGUUUCCGCGGACACCCCGACGCCUCCAGUCCAAGCAGAGUCGUAAAUCUCUUGCUUUCUAGAUUGUAGACCCCUUCCGUUGAUAAGUAGGUAAAAAAGUGCGUAUCAAUGCUCCACUCAUGAGCAGAAGACCACGUUUAACAUGCUUAAGAAAUUUUUAUAUAAAUAUUUAUAUUAGCAGGACAAACAACAAAACUAACACUCUUCAAAUGCUCCAACAAUGAUUGUAUCCCAUUUCCGUUGCAAAGUCCAAUAUAAAGGGAAUGACGUUUGAUUGUAAGAGAAAAAGUGAACAACGCAGAAACAACAACUCAAAUCUGACUAAAUGAGCAGAUUUGACAUUUAUUACCAUACAUUUACACAGAAGACAACAAUCUCGAAACUGUAGUCGUAGAGAAUCAUUCACGCUAACCUUUUAGUUCUUGACGUGAUAUACGAAACACAAUGCGUAACUUUCUAGUUGUGAUGCCGUUUUUUAUUGAAAGUACCAUUUUUUGUAAUUGACCUUAUUCGUACCAAAUAAAAAAAUAAUAAUUUGCACUGUAUGACGAUAAUGGAUUCACUAUAAUACAGCAAACGAGGAAAUUGAUAGCUAAUUUCAAAGACACGUCGGAAUGACUUUUCAGGAAGGGGGCAAAGAAACACCUUACUGCAUUUAUAUAUGUCUUCCCACGGAACGGAGCAGAAGGCACACAACCGAAAAAGACUAACAAGAAAUUAUAGUUCCUCAAAUUAGUUUUAGAGACUAACUGUGUAGUACCUUUGCUACUUUGGAGGUCUAGUCUUGACCGUGUUCUUCGUUAUAACAUCAAUUUCCUUCCACGAUCACAAUCGCAACAACAAAACAAACAAAAAAAAACCUACCGCAUCCAACGGAUAGACUGCCAAACAAUUAUUAUUGUUAAUUCGAUUUGUUUUCGUUUGCCAAGCCAACCCCCGGUGGAUCAUUCCGCGUCGAGCGACAAAUCCUGUUAGAGAAAACAAUUCAGUAUUAUCUUGUCGCUUUAUGGAAAAGUAACGUUGUGAUGCGUUAGUCUGUCUCACUUGUAAUCAUUGUUUUCAAUUGUCUAAUGUUCUCAUUUUAUUAUCGUGUUAGACUGGGAAGAAUGAACAUGUGUCCAAAAGAUUCUCGAGCGUGAAUAAAUAUCAAAAACGUAAUUAAAUGGAAAGCAUUUAUGUAAGCUCUUAGUGUUUUCCAAUUACGAAAAGAGAAACUAUAAAGCCGGCUUCGAAGUUCGAAGUUGGCACGUAAAUGGUAAAACUUUAAGAGAAUAAAGAUAUUCAAGUGAAAAAUAGAAGAUGGCAUGAAUAAUAAACGUAAGAACGGAAAUAAACUAACCAAUAAUAUUUUAGGAAUUAUUUAAA